UAGUGGCGAUCUGGGAUUUUAUAGUCUGCAAUGUGCUGCAAUGGCAGCCUUGAUAAAUACAUGAUGGCCGUUGCCACCGAAUAGUGUAACGCGUACAUGGAACUGUCGUGUAACUGAAAAGUUUAUUAUUUUCAGUAGAAUAUCGUCGUCGCGCGUGCUCCGUGUGCGUUGUUUUCGUUCGGACGAGGCGCGUUGAGCCGCGCCGAGGACGCGAGAUCGCACGGAGGGAAAUCGCCGCGAGACUUGCGAAAAUUCCCAGGAGGAAAACACACGGGGUGGCAAAACCGCGUUCGCGGCGGAGAGGACAAAAGUUGCAGACAAAAUCUGUGCAAAUAGAAGUGUAGUGUGGGUAACAACAAUAGAAACACUUUUAUUAAGAAGAAACAAUUGCUUCGAUGAAUAUCUGGCCAGCAAAGGCGUAACGUUGUGAUACUACACUUAAAACAUUUGACAAAUAUCCAAGAAUGUCUGUGAGUUACUUCUUAGACCUGGGAUAGGAUGUAAUGGGAAAGAAAUAUUAUUUAUGAAACAACAUUUGAUACUGUCCUCUGUGCAUAUAUUGAAUGUGCUGUCAUGGGCAAACAUUGUAACAUUGCUGCAUUUAUAAAUGGAUGGAAUCCUGCGACAGAUGCAUUUUAAAUAUAAGUCUGGAUAUAUCCACAAUGCAAUUGAGCAGUUAUUCUUUAAUGGAUAAAGUAGUUCAAGAAAGAACUACUUUCAAUAUACAACAAAGUAAUGCCUAUAAUGGCCAAGAAUGAUUAGUACUGGAGCAAGAUCUUUGGAAACAUUAACAGUAUAUGUGGAUAUAAGCACUUUGUGGAAUUAAUACAGUGCUGCCUGAGCUUUGGACAAAAUACGAAAUUAUAUGCAUGACAGGAACAGGAGACGUAGGUCGCAGACGUGUUGAGUGGCGCCGAAACGCAAAUACUUUUUGCUGCGACUAUUAAACAACUUUGGAAAGAAACAAAAUAAGCUGAAAAGGUGGCUAGACGCUGCCCAUAGUAAAGAGGGGCUGCGUGGGCAUGCAGCAGCCUCAGUCACGCCCUCUUCUUGGGGACUCAGUAUCCUCUACAACUUCCCCGAAUGCACGUCCACGUAAUAAUCCAGUUGCUGUUUUGACCCAACAACAAUUGCAGCAGUUACAACAACUACAAGCCCAGAAUACCAGUGGUCAGUCAUUAACAUUUGCUUUGCAACAGACAUCGAGUAAUCCCCAAGAACAAGGAAAUGGAUCGACAACUGGGAAUCACAUAGUCUACGUAAACCAGUUAAAUCAGUUGAAUCAGAGUACCAUAAAUCCCUCGGGGACUGGUAUGGGCCUACCCCCGGCCACCCCCACUUUUGGGGUGGGCCUUAAUAUGGGAUUGCCACUGUCACUUCUAAAUACCAGUCUUACAUCUCUCACUUCCAAUGUUAUCACCACAUCAAACCCUCUGCUCAAUUUGGGCUUGCCGAGUAUAAACACAGGGCUGACUGCGAUAAAUCCUAGCCUGAAUCAUUUAAAUGCUAUUAAUUCCAAUUUGACGUCCAACAUUGGUUCAAACAAUAUUAAUAAUGGUUUGUCCAAUCUGGGACAAGAUUUAAGUAGCAUAAAUACAGGAGUAAAUACUGGUAUAAACAGGCUUAAUACGAUAAAUUCUACAAAUAUUAAUUCUGGGCUAUCUGGAGUAAACGCGGGACUGACCGGUGUAAAUCCAAAUUUGACGACUCUGAACUCAUCGAGCGUGAAUCAGAAUCUUACAUUAAAUACCAAUUUGACCGCUACGAAUUCCGGUGUAUCUGGUUUAUCUGCUAUUAAUCCGAAUACAAAUUUGACUACUACCAGUAUAAAUUCUGGUGUAAACCAAGGUCUUAAUAGACCUGUAAAUGCCCUGGCAACUGGUCUGACGCCGACUAGCUUGAAUUCUAGUAGCGCACAGUUUUCAUUCCCAACGAUACAAAGCAUUCAAAGUAUUGCACCGCACAUUGUUGGAUCAUCAAACAUAGCACAUGUACCAAACUCUGCUAUAUCGCAGCAUCCUAAUACGAACAUCUCGACAAUCUCGCCAAUCUCUAAUUCCGGAACUCUAACGAGUUCCAGCAUAUUCACAAGCACACCCAGCGAGUCGAUUCAUGCAACCACUGCAAAUGUGAAUCACGCUUCGAACGUGAAUCUCACUACGAAUAUAGCACACCUCGGUACAAUGCACGCUAAUUUAUCAAAUAUAUCAACAUCGAAUGUACAUAUAUCUGCAUCCAAUGAACCGACUAUGUCAUUGAGUCAUGUUUCUUCUUUAAGUUCCUCCCAGUCGACUGGAUUUCAACCACAGCGACAGUAUUCGCAGGGGAUAAACCCUGGCUUAAGUGCGUCAGUAGCAUUAACGGGCACGACACAACCAUCAAAUGUGGUCAGUACUAUGAAUACUGUUAAAUCUAUGCAAAAUAUUCAAAACCAAAAUAUUAGUUCGCCGGGUAGUCCAUUUUCAAUACCUCUGAAGAGUCCGGCGUCUAAUAUAGCACCACCUACACCGAGUCCUAGCCCUAAUCGACUUUUACUUAGAAGUCCGGCUUCAAACUCGAUACAAUCCAAUCGAAAUAGUCCGAGUCCGGUCGGCACAUCGACCUCGAAUAGUAACUUUAAUAUACAAAUGCAAAGCCCUAUGCAAAGUCCGAUGAGCGUUAGCCAGAUACAGAGCCCUGUACUUAGCCCAUAUCCGCCUGCGAAAAGCCCUCAUCUAUUAGGCGGGAAUAAUUCUCUCAACAAUAGAAGCCCAGCGCCUGGAGGUAGCCCUGGUCCACCUGUGGUUAGGCCUAAUACACCCAUACUACAACAAGGGAUGCAGGUGUUACAAAUAAUUCAUGGUACACCACAGGGUUAUCAGUCCACCCCAACUCAACUGGUGACUAGAACCCAAUUAUUUGGAAAUCAACAAAUCCAAAUAGCGGCGGCCAAGCCCGCUAAGCAACCGCCGCAAAUUCUACCAAAACCACCAAAUCAACAAGCUGCUACUUCUCAGCAAAAGCCACAACGAGCUACUACUACAAUCACAAAUCAAGUAACACAACAGACUCAGCCACAACUAGUUCUUGCUGGACCACAACCAAGUCCCACUACAGCAACAAUGAUUCCAACGGCGCAAGGCUUGUUAUUGAAUCAGGUAUUGCCGUCAACCGGACCUGUCAUUGUACAGCAACAACCAGGAGGCGUUCAACUCAUACUAAGGACACCAGCAAGCGCGCAGCAACAAACACAUACUGCACAGUUAACACAACAACAGUUAGUAAGGGUUGUCACAGCACAAGGUAUGCAACUACAGGGGAUUACACCUGCAUUCUUUGCUGUACCCAAUGGAUUUCCUCCAACUGCUUCUCCAGUAAUAAGACAUACUCCAUCUAGUCCUGCACCAUCUAAUUCAGGAACUGGCAAUUCCAUCGUAAUUCAGAAUGCUAUGGUACAAAGUCCCCAAUCACAAAUCGCACAAGUCACUUCUGGCAAUACCACUGGCAAUGCUUCGUGUACACAAACUGUCUCAGAGCAAAAUUUAUUGCCGCCUCCUAAGAAGAAAGCGAAAAAGAAAAAAAAGGCUAAACGGAAAGACGAUGAACCACCGAAACUAGAUCUUGCCAGUAUUAUGAAAAUAUCGGGUAUCGGGGAUGACGAUGAUAUUUUUGAUACCGAACUGACAACUGAAACCGAGGUUCCUUGUCAAGUUUCGCAACAAAGUGAAACUAAUUCCGGACAAUCGUUGGGCCAACUUUCAUCGCAAGGAACAAUUCCUACUAAUUCCACUCAGAAUCUAAUCCAAGUACCUGCAACAAAUACAACGAACACGCAAGCAUCUGUAUCACAGACAUUCAAUAGUCAGCUUGUUGCCCAACUUCAGAUGCCUGUGCAGAAUGCAAUAUCGGGACAAUUGCGAUUAGCGGUUGGAGAAGACGGUAAAGUUGUUUUACAUCACACCCCGGAACCCAAUCAACCUGAAAUAGAUUCAGCAACCGCGCAAGCUCUGAUACGAUCUCUGACCCAAAGUAGUGGACAAAACUCGCAGAUUAUCUCGCAACUUUUCGGUCAGGCGCAAAACACACCGCAGCCUGCUCAAAGUACAACUCAACAGAGACCGAAAUUCGUCAAAUCACCUUUAUCCAGUGGAAAUCAGGUCUCUACUAAUACCAUAAGCUCUACGUGCUCGCAAAAUAUCAUUUGUACCACUAGUCCACAUCACAGCCAGAUAUGUUCGAAACCAAUGAAUCAGCAAAAAAAUAUUAAUAUUGUUUCUCAAGAGACCAAUUCAAUACCGAGCGUCUGUGUUCAAAACAACCUUGGACCAUUGCAAUCACUGGAGAUACAAACGUCAAAGAAUGUAAAUGUACAAAACCUAAUGCAAUCUAAGUCCUCGAAUCCUACUUUAUCGCAGAGCGGUAAUGUUUCUUUGAAUACUUCGGAUAUUUUGUCCGCGAAGCCGUCGCCUACGAUGUUUAAUAUACAAGGUCCUCGAAUGUCUAAUACGAAUCAAACGAAUUCUAAUCAACAGAAUUCCAACAUUUCUCUGCAAAAAUCUAGUCAGGUACGUCUAACGAACGCUUGUAUAACUACGAACGUACGGCAAAAUUUGGGAAAGCAAACACAACAACAACAGCAUGGGGUUCAUAUGCAGAAAUCAUUGCCCGGUAGUUCAAUAGUACAAAACGAUCAUGUAUCUAAAGCUAAUCAAAGUCUCCAACAAACAAGUCAACAAGAGACUCUAACGCUUCAACAGGAGUCACCAUUGUUCCAACAUAAUCAGCAGAUUACUGCGCAAACUGUACAAACUCAAAAUGUGCAACAGAUAUUUGAACAAAAUUUGCAGAGUUCAAACAUUCAUCACAAUUCCAUGAAUAUACUGCAGCAACAAAGUUCCUGUAACACUAUGCAACAACACGACAGUAUGAACGUUUUGCAUUCAAGUAUUCAACAAAAUACAAUUAAUGUGUUGCAGCAAAAUACUGCUGGUAAUGUUCAGAAUAUAGAACAAAACUUACAGUCGGGAACUAUCAAAGAUAUAGCUCAUACACAACAGAAUGUCAUGACAAGUCUACAGCAACAAAACACAUCUGCUGUUUUACACAACACGAGUGUCCAGCAAAAUGUGAAUGUUCAACAGCAGAAAGUAGUGACGGCGAAUACCUUCUCUUCCGUUAACGCGCAUCACUUUGAAUCCCAAAACUCUGCCAAUGUUUUACAGCAAGGAAUUAAUACGCAACAAAAUAAUCAGAAUCAGAAUAUAUUGAUUACAACUACUCCUGCUUCUAACACUCCUACCCAACAAAAUGAAUCUCAAAAGGUAGAGUCCCAAGGUGCAAAUAUACUCAACUCAGCGGCAAACAACAUAUUGAACAAUGCACCCAAAAUUACACCUGAAAUUUUAAAUGCGUUGAGUAACUUAAAUCCUAACGAUCAGCUGUUAAUCGCCAACGCAAACGGGCAGAUGCAGGUGAUCAGUCAACAGCUCUUGCAACAAUUCCUGGCCGGACAGUUGAAUGCGACGAAUCAGACGCAAAAUCAAAAUCAGACGCAGAAGAUAGUGAUCGGCGAGCCAGAUGCGAAUAAUCAGAAUUUGCAAGGUGUCCAGAUCAAUACUCCAACGAGUCAGAUAAUCGUGAAUAGUUCUGGUGGAGCUCCGACAAUUCAAAAUAACAUUCAAAAUAUUGUUGUGCAAGCUGCACCAUCUCAAAUGCCACCACAUAUACAAAUUCAAAAUUCCAGUUUCCCUAGUCAAUUUAUUGACAACUUGAAUCAACAGCAAAUUAAAAACUUGGGUAAUAAUCAACCAAAGAAAGCGAAAAUCGUGAAGAAGACGAAAGUUGCCGUCACUGCUCAAAGUAUUGUGAAUUCACAGACGACGAAGACAGUAACUGUUACUCGACCAACAAUGGUCGCGGCGAAUACGUCUAAUUUACAAAAAGUUGAUAAUCUAAAUAAGACAAACACUAUGGUAUCGCAAAAUACAAAUCCUGCUAAAAGCGAAUCAGCUCAAGUUAUAGCAAAUGGUCCUUUGGUUUCGUCCUCUGCUAGCAGUCACGUGUCAGUUCCUUCUAAUGGUCAAAUGGUACAAAGAAUACAAACUAUCCAGCUUCCUGCUCAAAAGCAGCAAAUGCUGAAAAACAUUCAGUCACAGAUUCAAACUAUUUUAUCUCGAAAAUCUGUCACGCCAAGUAAUCCGACAUUAAGGAAAUUAUAUGAGGAACAAGCAAGAAUAUUAGCUAGUGGAAAGAUUGUUAGUAGUACUACUCAUCCUGUCAAUAGCGCUGCCGAACCAACAUUCAAUGUAAGCUUGGUUUCAACAGUUGCGUCAAAUGUACAUCUACAGAAUUCAUUUAAGAAUCAGACGUCGGCAACUCAAACGCAGACUCAGACUUCCACCAUUGCCAUGCCAGUAACAUCUCAAAGUCUAAAUUCAACUACAUCUGCAACAAUGCCGAGUAAUACUAAUAUUAAUUACAUUAAUAUCACGAGCAUUAACUGCACUUCGCCGAAUGUGCAAGGACAACAACCAACUAUAUCGAACACUGCGACACAGAGUAUACACCAGAGUACGCACACCAAGCAGCACAAGUUUUAUCAAAAUCAUGGGAGUCAGAUGUUGAAUCCGUCCUCUGCGAAUAUGCAAAUCUUCUCGCCACCGAUUACCUCUGCAACAGCAGCUCUGCAAUUACAAAGCAACGCACAACAAUUGACCCAAGUUCAAACACAGCAACAACAGACAAGCAUGCAACAAUCCACGCAAUGUCAAACAGAUCCAUUGGACAUCAAACCGAAUAUACAAACACCGAGUCCUGUGAAACAGGAACUUUCUUCUCCUAUUCAGGUUCAGAUUCAAAGUGGUUCACCUGCAGGACAAGUAACUUCGCCUAGAAUGAUAGGCAAGGGAACGCAGAGGAUCCAGAGUCCUGUAAACACUGGUGGUAAUACGACGAAGCAACUCAUCAGUCCCAAUAGCAACUCGAGUCCUUUAAUAAGCCCGAGGCAAGGCGUAAAGAGACGUGCGACUAGUCCAAUUUGUAGGCAGUUGAAUCGCGGCGAUUUAUUGGAACAACAGCUAAAAAUUGAUCAAAAUGGUGCAACCAAUCCAGAUAUGAAUACACCAUUCUCAAGUAAGCGUGAUGCUUGCAAACGUUUAGUGAGAUACCAUUGUUUAAAUGAGCAAGUACUAAGUCCCAAGGAUUUGGCAAAAGCAGAUGAAAGAUUUGAGGAGACGGCAAAACAUCUGUUGGGCAAAUUCAGCGCUAUGAUGAAUAAAUACACAUACCUCCUUUUAAUGGAAAGCAUGCGUGAAGUGAGGACAUCAGAAUUGAUGAUGAUUGACAGAACUUUUGUGGCUGAAGAACAAAAUAUUCUCAACAGGUUACGAGAACAGGAGGCAAAAGUUAAUGAAGAGUUUAAGAAAGAAGAAAAACCGAUAGUGCCAAAAGUUGAACCUGGCCUUAUAGAAGAGGACAAAUCGACAUUAACAUCACCUCCUCUAGUGAACGUAUCUGUCAAACGCGAACUAGAGGAUGACUUCCCGAGUGACGAAAUGGAAUGUAAACCAGUUAUUAAGACGACAAGCAGUACCAGUGGCGAUUACGAUGAGUGGUUGGAAAUCCAGAAAGAACUGGGAGUAUAUCCAUCCACUGCAGAAACCUUGAGGUGUAAAACCGGUAAUAACGGUAAUAGUGGUAAUAGUGCGUGUGCUGUUACGGCUGUUACAAGAUCAGCGAAAAUUGAAAGAACACGAGCGAACGGCGAGUGUCUUCGUGCGAAUGUACCUAGUGUCUCGAAUAUGAUCAUGAAGGACGAUUGUGAGCAAGAUGUAACUCCAACGCCUUUCGAUAGGCGUUGGAGUAGUGCCACUGAUCUCGAGCGAGAUUUGUUAGAGGAUGCUGACAGCUUGGACGGAUUGGCUUUGCAUUCGCAAGCGCAAUGUCCAAGUAGUACUGUGCAUGUAACGAGUAGCGAGAGUGGUAAUGCCGGCAACGAGCAUGACGAAAUUACCGCGCAAGUACAAUCUGCCAUUGACAGCAUUCUCAAUCUUAAGAAACGUCCUGCGAACACAUUGUCCGGCAGUAGUAGUGGUAGUUCGUCAUCGCAGUCCGGCGAAUCGAAAGACACUGCGUUGGAUCAAGCAGUCCGCAGCAUUUUAGGCUCGUGACCCUCCUUUAGUAAAGUAUGUUAAGAAAUGAAAGUUUAUAGUGAAUAUCAAGCUAAAAUUACGCGUUUUAAGAAUUUUAGAGGAACUAUAAGUCGAUUUUUCAUGGUUUUUUUUUUUGUCGAUAUCGUGAAUCUAUCUGUCAUGAGAAAUGUGUUUUAAGAUCACUGAUACAAUAAUCUUCAGGACGAUUGUUUACAAUACUGCAUAUCCUGAAGCGCGCACGCGCGCACACACUCACAUAUACACACAUAUACACAGAUAGUUAUUAAAUUAUUUGUAUAAAUCAUAUGACUUUAUAUUAUUUUAUUUAUAUAUUAUUCAGCAGAGGCAAACUGGAUUAUA